AUGGCUUCCUACCCAACAGAGACAGCAUCUCUUCAAGGACCAGAGAUUCGUGGAGACAACAACUCUCUCAUUUUCAGAACCCGCGUGCUAGUUCACCCCUAUCCUGGGGUCACCAGAGAACCUCUGCUGCUUAGCUCAUCCUCAGACACCUCCCUCCUCCCUCGAUGUGGUGCUGGCUCCUGGUCAGGCUUAGCUAGCACCACAGAAACAGCUGGGACUUCAGGAGGCGGCCAUCUACGCGGGGAGCCCCGGUGUCAGCAGCCAGUGCCUAACGGUAUGCCCAUCAUUUAUGUCAUCAGUAGGGUCCUGCUCCCACACCUCACUGGGCCCUGGAUCUCAACCGGACGUGAGGUCCACCCAGGGCCAGAAUUCCUCAUCCGCUCCUACACCUUCUUCUCCAACCAUCUCUUCUGAGCCUACCAGUUCUACCACAGGGACCCCUCCUGCCAGGAGUCUGGGAAGGGGGAGGAGGGUCGUUUGAGGGAAGGGAAUGCUGCAGUCAAAGAGCGCCUCUGCUCUCGGGGGCCGAGCCUUGCCUGCGACCCAAACCAGAUGCACCACACUCGGCCCUGCCUGGAUUGCAGUCUCGUUGCCCACUCCGACAAGCACCACCUGCCUGUGCUGCCUUCCCGGCCAGCCCUGCCACUGAGCCUCAGUGGCCACUGGGUCAUCGUGAGCUGUGAGGCAAGGCCGCUGUUCCUCACACAGUGUUGCAGCUUUGAUGACCACCAACACUCCUGGGAAGGGUACUACCGCCAUUUCUCUGAGCCUGCCUGCCGCCAGCCUCCCUUCAUGGUGUUUGCAGCUGGCCACUACUCCCGAGGCAGCCCAUCCCCCAGGGUCCACAGUGGCACCGAGCUGAUGUUUGAGAUUACACAGGCCCAUGUGACCCCCAUGGACCAGGUCACUACAGACAUACUCAACCUUCCCAAGCCAAGCAGCUGUGGUGCAGGGAUCUGGUCAGUAGGUACUGAGAGGGAUGUCACAGCCACCAACGAGUGCCUGCCCUUGGGCAUCAGGCUCUUACAUGUAGAGUAUGAGCUGUUCAAAAUGGAACAAGACCCUCAUGGGCAGAGGCUGCUCUUCAUGGGACAGAGGCCAACAGAUGGGUCCAGUCCUAACACUCCUGAAACAUCCUUCCAGGCCCCACUGCUGCUCUGCAAGAGGCAGCCCCAAGAAGUCCCCAGGCCCUUACAGCAAAGGCCUCCAAUGCAGAAGCUCCCCAUUGAGUGGACACCGUAUCUUCCUGUCAUCUCUCUCCCCAUGCUACUCCUGACUCAAGGACUGGCCCUCUUUGAAUGGCUAUGA